CCGAGGGGCGACCGCUAUUGGAAAACCCCUUUUUUAUAUUUUUGAUGUUGUCGGAAAUUAGGCUCGAAGGCUUUGCGGAAUCGUAGUGUUAACCACUACACCACAGCGGCGAAAAAAUUUAACUCAAAAUAAUGAUCAAAUAUGACUGAAAAACAUAGAAAUAUGAUUUUGAUGGCGAAAGCAUUCAGCAAAAUAUCUGCAAAUUUUGGUUAAACUUACAUCUGUAUGUGUAAUUUUUAUUAUACUAUAUUUUGUAUUGCAAAUCGGAAAUUUUUCUCUAACUGCAUUCCUAUGCGACAAAUAACUCGUAAGUGCUCAAUAGUGAGCUUGGUAUUUCAGCGCCCUCAAAAAUUAUCAAAAAUGAGCUAAAUAAUAAAUAUUUGGUGGCCAAAUUUUUGUUAAGUGUUUUUCCGAGCUUCUCUAAUUUGUGUUAAAUCAAGUUAAAUUGAAUUCUGUUGACCAUGUAGCGUUUUUCCCCUAGCACCACCACCUUAUUAAAUACGCCUUGAAAAAGCAUUAAACUGCACACUCAAUUUUGUUGUUUUGCAAGCAUAUUUUCCAAUGUUUUAGUGCUUAUCUAAGCGCUUAAAAUGGAUUUUUUCUUGCCUAUUUUCUUCGGCCCUGAUGAUCGAGUUCCAACCUACUGAUGUGUGUUUUGAUUAUGAUUCAUGAAUCAUGCGUUUUGAUGCCAAUUAUUCUGUCGCUCAGUCCAUUUUCCCCUGUUUCAUAAUAAUUAAAAAAAAAAAAAAAAAAUAUUUUCUGAUUGUCUUCGAUGUUAACGUCAAAACGUUCAUUUAAUACAUUUAAGAUUAUAUUAAUAUACACAUAUAAUACGUUUUUGAAAGAGUUAAAUAAAAAAGCAUUCCAAUGAGUGUCUCCGAUGUAUCCACCGAGUCAGAAAUGACCGCAGCCGAAGAAGAGGCAGAGCGCCUAAAUAUUGGAUUAUAUAUUGGCGGUCGUAACGCAACUGGUCAUCGACACGGUCGCGGCUGGGCAAUCCUCCCGAAUGGCGAUCAAUACGAUGGACAAUAUCGUCAGGGAAGACGCCACGGUACAGGCCUGUAUGUGUUUACGGACGGUUCUCGCUAUUAUGGAUCCUAUCGCUGCGGACAUCGCUCUGGUCGCGGCAUGUUCAUCUAUCCUGAUGGCAGCAUGUAUGAAGGUUGCUGGCGCAAGAACAUGAAGCACGGCAAAGGCCGCUACAAAUAUGCUAAUGGCGAUUACUACAUGGGCAACUGGUACCGGGGACUGCGACACGGCGUUGGUGUUUACUGCUACAACUCCAGCGAUUGCGGGGAACUUCGCUUCAAAGGCACUUGGCGUCUGGGUUUUCGUGUUGGUCCUUUUCAAAUAUUUUUCGGCAAUGAAGAUCAUUCAACGAUAUUACAUGGCAACUGGGAUAAUGAGUACCCACAAGGCCCAGGCGUUUUUAGCUUCGAUCAACGGUAUAUGCUAAUGGGAUUUUUUCAAACACCCGGCAUGGCAUAUAAGAUUAAAAAAGGAGUUGAAGGUAAUGGGGAAGAGGUGGCUGGAGAGAUCGAGUCGGAGCGCGAUGAAGCUGUGUUUGUUGAUGUGCUACCUUCCCAAUGGUUUGCCCAACAUAUUUGCUACUAUGAUUAUGCACAGCUGCCACAGGAACCAGUGCCAUUACCAUUAUCCGAUUCGGAGGUGUCUGUCUGUUCGCUGAGUACUGCGCCAACUGAGUUGACACUUCAGCGAAGUAUUCUGUUUGUGGGAAAGGCUGAAGAAGAAGAAGGAGAGGGUGAGUGUGUAGAAUGUAUACCGUCUGAAGGUGUCAGCGAGAGUGAAAUCGAUACGGAAAGUGAGUGUAUUCGCAAUCUUCAAGCUGAUCCCUGCGCCAUCGAAAUUAUCACCGUGAAUAAAGAGUGUUGAUUUUGUCUUUAAUUUUCUUUUAUUUCUUCUGAUGCAAAAAUAUGUAUACUUGCUACGUAAUGCA